UCUCUCAAUGGUCCGUAAUGCUGUUAGAGAUCGGCACUGGGGUGUCAGGGAAUGUCUUCCUCCUCCUGUUUUAUGCCCACAUGGCCUUCUCCAGGCACAAGCUCAGCUCCUCAGACUUGAUACUCACCCACCUGGCCUUGGUCAACAUCAUCAUGCUUCUCACCUAUGGGAUCCCAGAGAUCAUUUCUGCUUGGGGAUGGAAAAAUUUCCUGGACACCGCUGGUUGUAAAAUCAUCUUAUAUAUUUACCGAGUGGGCCGGGAUCUUGUCAUCUGCACCACCUGCCUCUGCCUUCUGAGUAUCUUCCAGGCCAUCACCAUCAGCCCUGGCACCUCCCGGUGGGCAGGGGUCAAAGCCAAAUUACCCAAGUACAUCCUCCCUUCCUUUGUCUUUUUCUGGGUCCUCAAUCUGCUGAUCGAUGUGAAUUCACUGGUGUAUGUGACAGGCCCCCAGAACAGCACCACCGUGCUCAUCACAUUUGAUCUUAAAUAUUGUUCGAUAACCAUUCUCAGUGCAGAGGCCGCCCUGUUAAAUGCCAUUAUGCUCUCUGGACGUGAUCUGUCCUUCUUGGGGCUCAUGAGCCUGGCCAGCGGCUACAUGGUGUUUGUCCUGUACGGACACCACCGGCGGGUCCGACAUCUCCACGGGCCCGGUGGCUCCCCCAGAACGAUGCCCGAGGUCCAAGCAGCCAAGAGAGUCAUAACCCUGGUCACUCUUUAUGUCCUCCUCUACGGGCGACAGUCCAUCAUGUUCAGUGUUUUACUCAACAGGAAAGAAAAGUCUCCUCUGCUGGUGAAAAUCCAUAUGGUGAUGUCUUUUGGCUUUCCUGUCAUCAGCCCAUUCCUAGUGAUUCUUAGUGACAGGAGGACGAGAACGUUCUGGAAAAGACAGUCAACGAUUUCCACCGUGGAUUCCUCAUAA